UAUGGAAAAUAAGGUUAAAUUAAGCACCCAAGAUGGAGUGAUCAUUGAAGUAUUAAGAAUUUCUAUAUAGGUUGAUAAAGAAGUAGCUUGUAAAUCUCAUUUAAUCAAUACUAUUAUUGAUGAUACAGGUAGUGAAGAAGAAAUUCCAUUACCAAAUGUUAAAAGCAGUAUCUUAAAGAAGGUGAUUUAAUACUGCGAAUUACAUAGAAAUGAUACACCACCUGAAAUUGAAAAGCCAUUAAGAAGCAAUAAUUUGUAACACUUUGUACUUAAUUUUUAGGUCUGAUUGUGUGGAAUAAAAAGAUGCCGAAUUUAUUGAUAUACCUAAUUUAGAGGAACUAUUUGAUAUUAUAUUGGCUGCCAAUUAUUUAGACAUUAAGUCUCUUCUAGACUUGUCUUGUGCUAAAGUUGCUACUUAUAUUAAAGGUAUUUAGAUAAUCGAUUUUUUAAGGCAAAACCCCUGAAGAAAUUAGAAAAACUUUCAAUAUUUAAAAUGAUUUGACCUAAGAAGAAGAAUAAUAAAUAAGAGAAGAAAAUAAAUGGGCUGAGGAAACAAGUUGAU